AUGUCGGCUCCUCCUCGAUUCCGGUCUGCGAAUUCCGGUGAGAGAGAAUUCCGAUCGAUUCUCGGUCCGACCGGGAACAAGCUGCAGAGAAAACCGCCGGGGAUGAAGCUGGAGAAGCCGGCGAUGGAGAAGAAGAGCGUCGAGUCAAAGGAUGAGAAAACGAAGAAAGUGGAUACUCCGGAUUCACCGACGACGACUCUGAAGCAAUGCUCGUCUCUUUGCUCCUCGAUUCUGAGACGGAACAGUGCGUCGAUGACUGCUUCGUAUUCCUCCGAUGCGUCGUCGUCUUGCGAGUCGUCGCCUUUGAGCGUUGCGUCGUCUUUGAGCUGUAAGAAGGCUGUGAGGCGAAGUGGGUCUGUCUCCUCCUCCGCGAGAAGGAAACAGAGUGAUGAGAAAGAAGAGAAGGUCGCUGCUGCUGGUGCCAGCUCCGGUGAUUGCUUCGCCGAUGGUCGUAAAAGAUGUGUCUGGAUCACGCCUACAUCUGAUCCGUCUUAUGUUGCUUUCCACGACGAAGAAUGGGGAGUUCCUGAACAUGACGACAAGAGACUUUUCGAGUUGUUAUGCCUCUCUGGUGCUCUAGCGGAACUCUCCUGGACCGACAUUCUCUCCAGAAGACAAUUACUCAGGGAAAUUUUCAUGGACUUUGAUCCAGUUGCUGUUUCUGAGCUUAACGAGAAAAAGCUGAUGGCGUCCAUUUCCUUACUAUCAGAGGUCAAAAUACGAUCCAUCCUCGAUAACUCACGCCAUGUUCGCAAGAUAAUAGCUGAGUUCGGAUCGUUCAAGAAGUACAUGUGGAACUUUGUAAACAACAAGCCUACACAGAACCAGUUCAGGUAUCAACGACAAGUCCCUGUGAAGACGUCAAAAGCAGAGUAUAUAAGCAAAGAUCUUGUACGCAGAGGAUUUCGAAGCGUUAGUCCAACGGUUAUCUACUCGUUCAUGCAAGCAGCUGGUCUCACAAACGAUCAUCUCAUAGGCUGUUUCAGAUACCAAGACUGUUGUGUAGAUGCAGACACAACAACGAAGGCAAAGAAGAAGAAUGAGCGAGAGUGA